GCCCGGGGGUCCCACGUGGGACCUGGGGAGGCGGGGGGGACCGGUUGGGACUGGAGCAUCCCGCCACGUCAGUCUGCGGCGCGGAGCCAAUCCCGCGCUCCGGCUGCCGAGAAGUGGCUAUCGGGAGAAAGGAGGCCUCUUCCCCGGCUCUCCUCUCGGGCAGCUCCUCGGAAACCUUGCAGGGGACCCCGGAGUCGCCGGCCCAGGCCGGCCAAUCACAAUGAAGAACCAAGACAAAAAGAAUGGGCCUGCCAAACACUCCAACGCGAAGAGCAGCCCGGGGCAACGGGAAGCAGGACCGGAGGGAGCCCAGGGACGGCCCCGACAGACAGCUCCGGCGGCGGAAGCCGAAGGGUCCACAAGCCAGGCUCCGGGGAAGACCGAGGGGGCUCAAGCAAAAGCAGCUAAGGCUGGCCCCCUGUGUGAUGUCUCUGAGGAGCUGAGCCGGCAGUUGGAAGACAUUCUGAGUACAUACUGUGUGGACAACAAUCAGGGAGGCCCAGCUGAGGAGGGAGCACAGGGUGAGCCCACUGAGCCGGAAGAUGCAGAGAAGUCCCGAACCUAUGCGGCAAGGAAUGGGGAGCCUGAACCGGGGAUCCCGGUAGUCAACGGCGAGAAGGAGCCCUCCAAAGGGGAGCCGGGCACAGAGGAGAUCCGAGCCAGUGAGGAGGUCGGAGACCGCGACCACCGACGGCCCCAGGAGAAGAAGAAAGCCAAGGGUCUGGGGAAGGAGAUCACGUUGCUGAUGCAGACACUGAACACGCUCAGUACCCCAGAGGAAAAGUUGGCUGCUCUGUGCAAGAAGUAUGCUGAACUGUUGGAAGAGCACCGAAACUCACAGAAGCAGAUGAAGCUCCUGCAGAAGAAGCAGAGCCAGCUCGUCCAGGAGAAGGACCAUCUCCGUGGUGAGCAUAGCAAGGCUGUCCUGGCCCGAAGCAAGCUUGAGAGCCUGUGCCGAGAGCUGCAGCGACACAACCGGUCCCUCAAGGAAGAAGGUGUGCAGCGAGCCCGUGAGGAGGAAGAGAAACGCAAAGAGGUGACUUCACACUUCCAGGUGACACUGAACGACAUUCAGCUGCAGAUGGAACAGCAUAACGAGCGAAACUCUAAGCUGCGCCAGGAGAAUAUGGAACUGGCCGAGAGGCUCAAGAAGUUGAUUGAGCAAUAUGAGCUUCGUGAAGAGCAUAUCGACAAAGUCUUCAAACAUAAGGACCUGCAGCAGCAGCUAGUGGAUGCCAAGCUCCAGCAGGCCCAGGAGAUGCUGAAGGAGGCAGAGGAGCGUCACCAGCGAGAGAAGGAGUUUCUCCUGAAAGAAGCUGUGGAGUCGCAGAGGAUGUGCGAGUUGAUGAAGCAGCAGGAGGCCCAUCUGAAGCAGCAGCUCGCCCUCUACACAGAGAAGUUUGAGGAGUUCCAGAAUACACUUUCCAAAAGCAGCGAAGUGUUCACCACAUUCAAACAGGAAAUGGAAAAGAUGACGAAGAAGAUCAAGAAGCUGGAGAAAGAAACCACCAUGUAUCGAUCCCGGUGGGAGAGCAGCAAUAAGGCCCUGUUGGAGAUGGCUGAAGAGAAAACUCUCCGGGACAAAGAGCUGGAAGGUCUGCAGGUGAAAAUCCAACGGCUGGAGAAGCUGUGCCGAGCACUGCAGACAGAGCGCAAUGACCUGAACAAGAGGGUACAGGACCUGACUGCUGGGGCCCAUGGCUCCUUCACUGACAUUGGCACUGAGCGGAGGCCAGAGGCUGCCACUGCCUCCAAGGAACAAGGUGUUGAGAGUCCUGGGGCUCAACUAUCCAGCUCCCCAAGAGCCACAGAAGUUCCUGGCUGCCCUGGAGCACCAAGCACAGAAUUAACAGGCCAAACAGGGCCCCGGCAGCCCACCUCUGCCACUGCCUAGAGAUCAUGGUGCUCGGGCGUGCUGGGAAGGGAGCAGCAGCCCGAUGAGGCCUGGUCCAUACAAAGCUCCCACGCUGAGCGACCCAGUGCUGACUGAGGCCAAGGUGUUCUGACCUGGAGGGCAUUGGACACUGCGAUUUUUAAAUUGUGGGUUUGUCUUACGUACAUGGAUGGGCAGGUGUGCAGGACAUCAUGCGGUUACAUAGCUAACACUGUAGGUGUGCAGUGGGCUUUUAUGGGUGGGGUGUGCAGAUGAAGUUGGUGACUCUCCACUGGGGUCUCAGGAGACUUCAUCUGGACAGCUCCAUCACAGUGAGCCAGCAGGUCAGACGGCUUGAACAUUUUCCUGCCUGAUUUUGAGGCCCAGACCCAGCAGCCCUUUUCAGAGCUUGUGAUGAGUGGAAACACCCAGGCCUGGGCUUUUCUCUUUUAUAAGCAGAACUUGGGCAGUUUGGGCUCUUGUUGCUUCUCUGGGUUCCAUUGCUUCUCUUGACCUGGGAAUUGUGUUCCUGGGCAGAGCCUUUGUAGGAAACAACUAGCCGAUGAGCUUCCUCCUGCCCAAGACAAGGAAGCUGGGGGUGAGGGGGUGCCUAUGUGGGAAGGAGCCUUUUCAGGUACCAGCUGCCCUGCCCUCUGGUAGUGCCAGGUCCAGGCCAAUGUUGCUUCUCAGUUCUCAGUAGCCUUAUCAUUCACAGGUGCCUCUAGCCUGCACAAAUGAUUGACAAAAGGUCACCCAAAGGAUUCAUUUUCGAGGUUUUUGUUGUUGUUUUGUUUUGCUUAAGAGUUCGUAUUAAAGAUCUUCAAAGGAA